UCCUCCAGCUCCAUAAGCGCCCGGAUGCAAACCUGCAGCGCCAGUCAGGACAACAUGGUUGCUUGACUGAGCACUGUAUUAGAGGCGCGUGCUGGAAUCUCAGCGGGUUUGCUGCUACACAAAUCGUGAUCUUCCCUUUAUCUCCAGCGUCCUUUCAUUUUGACUAGUAGGUGGCGAACCAUUUUCGGACAACACUUCCGUUCCUGGCUGAGGACUUCUUGGUGUACGGAACACGAAGAGAGCCAAACAAUGGAAUGCCCUCUCCUGCCUGCAUUGCUCACAGCUUCAGAGACUUCAGAGGUUAAACGGCUUAGUUAGCAGUGUACCUCUCCUCCUAGAACACGCGCAGCAGAGGGAGGAAGAAGAAGAAGAAGAAGAAGAGCAAAAAAGCAGAGGGAAUUUUUUUUUUUUUUUUUUUCCCUUUAAAAACGCAGCACCUUUUUUGUUUCGUUUAGUGCUCCAGAGUUGCUUUUCUUUUGUUUGAAUUUAAUUUAAGUACUGGCACCAUGACGGAUUUAUCACCGUACCUAUGGAUGGUAGUAAUUGGCUUCAUCAUCGCCUUCAUCUUGGCAUUUUCAGUGGGAGCCAACGAUGUUGCAAACUCGUUUGGCACGGCAGUGGGCUCAGGGGUGGUCACGUUGCGCCAGGCCUGUAUCCUAGCCUCAAUUUUUGAAACGCUGGGCUCCAUACUUCUUGGUGCAAAAGUGGGUGAGACUAUUCGGAAAGGGAUUAUAGAUGUCAACUUGUACAAUGACACCAUACCCAUACUGAUGGCAGGCGAGGUCAGCGCCAUGGUCGGGUCUGCGGUUUGGCAACUCAUUGCCUCAUUCCUCAAGUUGCCCAUUUCUGGUACCCAUUGUAUAGUGGGAUCUACUAUUGGCUUUUCCAUGAUAGCCAUCGGCACCAAAGGAGUGCAGUGGAUGCAGCUGGUCAAAAUUGUUGCCUCCUGGUUCAUCUCUCCUCUGCUGUCAGGCCUCAUGUCUGGCCUACUCUUCUAUAUUAUCAGAUUUCUCAUUCUUAAUAAAGAUGAUCCUGUUCCAAAUGGCCUCCGUGCUUUGCCCCUCUUUUAUGCCUCAACUAUCGGCAUCAACACAUUCUCCAUCAUGUAUACAGGAGCUCCCUUGUUGGGCCUGGAGUUGCUCCCAGUAUGGGCCAUCGCCCUCAUCACCCUGGCUGGAUCUCUGGUGUGUGCUGUUGUGGUCUGGAUCUUUGUCUGCCCCUGGAUGAAAAGGAAAAUAGCAAGUAAGCUGAAAAAAGAACACGUUCUCUCGCGCAUCUCUGAUGAGAGUCUCGAUAAGAUUCCUGAGGAAGAAGAGGAGGCGCCGGUGUUUAAAGAGCUUCCAGGGGCAAAGGGUAAUGAUGACUCUGAACUGCCCUUGACUGGAGAAUCCACAGGAGAGUUAAAUAGCCUGGCCAAUGGUGGCACCGUCCUUCCUAACGGACGGAUGUAUGGUCGCACUCACUCCAUGACAAACGGUUGUUUGAAGUCGCCCGUGUCCAACGGAAGCUUUGGUUUCGAUGGCCAUAUGCGCAGCGAUGGCCAGGUGUACCACACUGUGCACAAGGACUCUGGUCUCUACAAGGAUCUGUUACACAAGAUCCACGUGGGCCGGUUGGAGGAAGAGCGGCCCGACAUCACCCACAGAGUCCUGCGUCGCAACAACAGCUACACAUGCUACACAGCGGCCAUCUGUGGCAUGGCCGUACAGCCCCUACUCCGCUCAGAGUCGAGCGCUGCAACACCACCUGAGGACAGCGAGAAGCUGGUGGGUGAAAGUGUCUCCUAUUCUAAGAAGCGCGUCCGUUACGACAGCUACUCUAGCUACUGCAACGCCGUGGCCGAGGCUGAAAUCGAGGCAGAGGAAGGGGGUGUGGAUGUAAAACUGGGAUCUGACAAGCUUGAGUCAAUGCAAGGUGAAGGAGGGAUACUUGAGGACUGUGUUGAUGAGGACAAAGAAGAGAAGGACAAGCCCCAGGUGUUUCUGCUCUUUCAUUUCCUGCAGAUCCUCACUGCCUGCUUUGGGUCUUUUGCACAUGGUGGCAACGAUGUCAGUAAUGCCAUUGGCCCACUGGUGGCACUGUGGAUGAUCUAUGAGCAGGGGGGUGUAAUGCAGGACGCAGCCACUCCUGUGUGGCUGCUCUUAUACGGUGGCCUGGGUAUCUGCACUGGCCUGUGGGUGUGGGGACGGCGUGUAAUCCAGACCAUGGGCAAGGACCUCACGCCCAUCACGCCUUCCAGUGGAUUUUGCAUUGAAGUAAUGAGUGCUCUAACAGUGCUUGUUGCUUCCAAUGUGGGCGUUCCCAUAAGCUCCACCCACUGCAAGGUGGGUUCAGUGGUCGCUGUUGGCUGGUUGCGCUCAAAGAAGGCAGUAGAUUGGCGUCUCUUCCGGAAUAUUUUCCUGGCUUGGUUCGUCACUGUUCCUGUAGCAGGCCUGUUCAGUGCUGCCGUCAUGGCCCUGUUCGUCUACGGCAUCCUGCCUUUCGUAUGAGGGCGAGGACCAGAGAUGGGGAAACUUACUCAAGGUGAUUGGAAAGGCGACAAAGUUUUAUCUGACCAGGAGAUGGUAAGAAGAAAGGACUGAAAGUUAAUGCCGAUGGAAAUAGAUAGGCUUCCUAGGAUGCAUCUAGAAUCUUCUGAUUAACUGUCCUUCGUUAUCUCUACAAAUGUAUCUUUUUUUUUUUUUUUUUUUAUCCUCCCCCCUCCCUGUUUUAGCUGUUGUUACUGAACACUGUAGAUCUCAAAUUUCAUCCAUAAAGACAGAGAAGCAUUAACACACACGCACCAAAAAAAAAAAAAGUUUCUCUCAUAAGUGAUCAUGCCACUAAAAUUAGCUAAUGGUUAUGGGUGCAAAUACAUGAGCAGAUCUCACGGCAGCACAUAUAAACUCUGUAUACACACACACACACAAACACGUGCAUGCAUUUUUAAUCAUCAGACAAUGUACUGAUGCAUGACAAAAAAGAGUUGCGACGCACCAUAGAGCACAGUUGAGAUCAUUCAGAAAGCACAAAGCUUCAGUGUCCUACUUCAUUAAAUGGCUAUAUGAGGUUUUAUUCAAUCAGAAAUUAUACACGGUUCAAUUAUAAGAGCUGCAGUAUACUAUUGUCCACUCAAUGUUAAAACAGAGGUCAUACAAGUUCUACACUGCAAUAACUGCUGUAUCUCUUGGAACUUUGACAUGGGGUCCUUUUUUAAAUAAAAAAAAAGUGUAAAUAUCAUGUA